UCGCGCACCAUCACUGGAUCCACUCGCACGCGCACUGCGCGAGCUACAACACAAAUCUUUAACGGUUUUUGUAUAAAAGCGCUCGUGUAAGAAAAGUGGAGCGUUAACACCGGUAUCACGAUACAGCCGGAGAUCUUUUGCCCUGUUUGUUUGUUCUAUUCAUUUAUUUAUUUAUUUUUACGGACGUGAUAAGAGGAAAAAAAACUUAGAGCUCGAGCGCUGAGAGAAACUUUUUGGGCAGCCCGAUGCUGCGCGAGACGGCGGUUGAACCGGACGCACGCGCAUGUGUCGCCUGACAGGAUUUGUAAAGAUGUGAUUUCGGAUAUAAAUAAAUAUAUAUUUUAUUAUUCUGUCGACGACAGUAAGGCUACGUUUUAACCGGGAGCAGUUUGGGAUCCGGCUGAAGUUUGACAAGCAAAAUGAGAAUUAUCCUUCCCAGUGCCGCAUGCAUUCUUCUCAUCCUCCAGACGUUAUGGUGCUGCAUAUUUGGCCAGUGCGUAGAGCCGAGUGAAAUCUUCAAGCUUAAUCUUUCGGUGACGUACGACCUCCCUCGCUUUGUCUCAAACACACCUGUCCAGAAGCUUCUAGUUUUCAACGGGAGCGUAUAUGCCGGCGCUACCAACGUCCUUUAUGCGUUAUCUGGUGACCUGCUGAAGAAAGUAGAUGAAUAUCAGACCGGACCUGUUCACGAUGGCCCACAAUGCAGAGCUUGUGAAGGCUGCGCAGGCCAACCUCCCAACGCUAACAACACCAGCAUGGCCCUGAUAAUGGAGACCUAUUAUGACCCCGAGCUGUUCCUCUGCGGCACGGUCGGGAACGGCGUCUGCAGCCGGCACCUGCUGGAAGAUGGGCAGCUAGACAUCGAAGUCGACUGCAUGGGUUCCAACAACAUCGAUGACAGCCGCUACGUCGCCGGUCCGGCCGGUACGCAGAUAGUGAACGUGGAAGUCGGGAGAGUCGUGAGGUUCUUUGUCGCUAAUUCCGAGCCUCUCGAUCCGUUUCCGUCUUCUGCUCCACGCCUUCACCACACCAUCUCUGUAAGGAAGAUGUGGGAAACCCAGGACCGCUUCGAGUUUGUUUCCGAGCAGUCUUACAUGGACCUGAAGCCGGCGCUGCGUGGGAAUUAUCCUCUGCACUACGUCUACUCCUUCCACAGUGGCUCGUAUGUUUAUUUCCUCACCGUCCAGCGCGAGAGCAGCACCUCUAGAGCUUUCCACACACGGAUUGUCCGGAUCUGCUCCUCCGACCUGGAGCUUCAACACUACGUGGAAAUGCCCUUCGAGUGCAUCUACUCUGAGAAAGGCAGACGGAAACGUUCCACUCAGACGGUGUUCAACGUCCUGCAGGCAGCUCAUGUGGCCAAAACUGGAAGCAACCUCCGCAGGGAGAUGGGCUUUAAAGAAGGAGAAGACGUGCUCUUCGCCGCGUUCGCCAAGAGCAAGCCCAACUCCCCCGAACCUACAGCGAGUUCCACGGUGUGUGUCAUCUCUGUCGCCGAAAUCAACAACUUCUUCAAGGACUUCAUGAGGCAGGCUUUCACCAAGCCGCUCUACCACUUAACUGGAGCCAAGAUGAAGUCCUACAACCAGAGCUCGGUUGGUGAUUCUGUUGGCUGUGGGAAGCAUGACAAAGGUUACAGGUUGGAGGUUAAAGGAACCAAUCCACGUAAAGACUGGUUUAAUGGCCGCUUCAGGAACGUUCUCCUGACCUCCAUCGCUGUGGUGCCUGUGCAGGAGCACACGGUGGCUACCCUGGGGACUGCAGACGGGAGAGUCAUCCAGGUGGUGGUUUCCCGUUUUGGCAACACAGAGCCGCAUGUGAACUUCCUCUUGGACACGCUCCCCGUCUCCUCAGAAGUCGGCGUGUUGUCUCCACAGAGCCCGGACGCCUCCUUACUGCUGGUCACAGGAAAGAAGAUAACUAAGGUGCCUGUAAUCGGACCCGGUUGUGAGCAGUUGUUAAACUGCAGCUCCUGUCUGCUCGCUCCUGCCUUCAUGGGCUGUGGUUGGUGCCGGAACAGGAACCUCUGCACACGCUCACCUCGGUGCACCGGCUCCUUCUGGAGCCAAGAUUCCUGCCCGCUCCUCAUCUCCGAGAUCAUUCCUAAAACAGCUCCACUGAAAGGCCAGACCAACAUCACGAUCUGCGGCAAAAACUUCGGCUUCAGCAAGAAAGACCGCUUUGACGCCAGGCUCAUUGAAGUCGACGUGGCUGGAGCGAAGUGCAGGCUGAUGGAAAAAGAAGUCAGCAGCCAUCGAUUGACUUGUAGCCUGAAUCAUGUGAACGUUUCCAAAUUCGAUCGCUCUGUCCGAGUACGCAGCGGGAAGGAGGAAGGACAGCUGGAGGGAUUCUCGUUUGUGAACCCUGAUAUUAAAGAAAUCAUUCCAGAAUUCGGCCCCAAAUCUGGUGGGACCACGCUGACCAUUAAGGGCUCGUACCUGAACAGCGGAAGUUCACGAAAGGUUACAAUCGGAAGUGGGACCUGUGUGGUGCAGAGUUUAUCAGCCGACAUGCUGACGUGUCAGACUCCAUCUCAGGACUCACCUUCCCUGCACAAGCUCCAGCUUCAUAUCGACGGAGUGACGGUUCAAGCUCCGUCCAAUUACACCUACAACGAGGAUCCGCUCAUCCACAACGUACAGCCCACGCGCUCCUUCAUCAGCGGAGGCAGCACAGUGAUAGCGUCUGGCGUCUACCUCCACUCAGCCAUGCGGCCUCAGAUGGUCCUCAGCGGUCCUCCGUUCUCCAAGGACAAAGAGGUUCAUGUGACCUGCACGCAGAGUGAAGACAAACUGGCCAUCGUGUGCAUCACUCCAUCGCUGAAGGGCCUCAACCUUCGUCCGCCGGUCGCCACCAAGAUGAAGUUCGUGCUCGACGGCUUCUCGACGCGCCAGUACGACUUGACCUACGUGGAGGACCCGAACUUCGAUGAGUUUCAGAUGCCUACUCUUAUUCCCAGAGGAAGCAGGAGUGUGCUGGAGAUUAAGGUUCCUCGCGUGGACAUGGAAGCGGUAAAGGGGGAGGUGCUACGAGUGUCCAAUCGCUCGUGCGAGAGUGUAGUCUUGGUGGGAAACACGCUGGAGUGCACGGUGCCCUCUGAACUCCAGAGCGCCUCCAGAGAGCUCGAGGUGGAGUGGAAGCAAGCCUCAUCCUCCAUCAACCUGGGCCGUGUAGUUUUGGCCCAGGAGCAGGACUACAGGCCGCUGAUCGCCGGCGUGGUGUGUGUGUCCAUCCUGCUGCUCUUCCUGCUCGCGCUCUUCGCCUGGAUCAAGCGGAAGAAGCACAUCGACGAUUUAACUGAGGGGAUGGUUUGGUAUGACGGCCGUGCACACAUUCCACACUUGGACAUGCUGGCAAACGCGAGGAGUGUCAGUCCCACUAACGAAUUGGUGUCUCACGAGUCUCUGGACUAUAGAACCACUUUGCUUGAGGACCAGAACUUGCCGAUGUCUCCGAGCGAGACGUGUCGUCCUUCACCGUACAUCCGCACGCACGUGGACCUGUCCUCCGUGCUGGGGGCGGAAGGAGACCUGUCUUCUCCGCUCCUGCCCGGUUCUGCCCCUGUGGAUCUGAGCUGCCUCCACCCAGAGCUGCUGAAAGAGGUGCAGCACGUCGUCAUCGCCAGGGAAGACCUGCUCUUACACGUCAACGAGAUUAUCGGAAGAGGACACUUCGGCUGUGUUUUCCACGGGACCCUGCUAGAGCCAGACGGCCAGAAACAGCACUGCGCGGUCAAGUCACUAAACCGUAUCACAGACAUAGAAGAGGUGUCCCAGUUCCUGAAGGAAGGAAUCAUCAUGAAAGACUUCAGCCAUCCCAAUGUUCUGUCUCUUCUCGGAAUCUGCCUGCCCAGUGAAGGCUCUCCUCUAGUGGUGCUUCCUUACAUGAAGCACGGAGACCUGCGCAACUUCAUCCGAGACGAGAGUCACAACCCCACCGUGAAGGAUCUCAUGGGCUUCGGCUUGCAGGUAGCCAAAGGCAUGGAGUAUCUCGCCAGCAAGAAGUUUGUUCACCGAGAUCUCGCUGCCAGGAACUGCAUGCUGGAUGAGAGCUAUACGGUGAAGGUGGCUGACUUUGGCCUGGCCAGAGACGUGUACGAUAAGGAAUACUACAGCGUGCACAACAAAAGCGGAGUCAAGCUGCCAGUCAAGUGGAUGGCUUUAGAAAGCCUUCAGACUCACAAGUUUACCACCAAGUCCGAUGUCUGGUCAUUUGGGGUGUUGCUAUGGGAACUGAUGACCCGAGGAGCCCCGCCCUACUCCGACGUCAACUCCUUCGACAUCACGGUUUUCCUCCUGCAAGGACGAAGACUGCUGCAGCCGGAGUUCUGCCCUGAUGCCCUCUACAACGUGAUGAUCGAGUGCUGGCACCCCAAACCGGAGCGGCGCCCCACCUUCUACGAGCUCGUCUCGCGCAUCUCCGCUAUCUUCUCCAGCUUCUCCGGAGAGCACUACAUCCUCCUGAACACCACCUACGUCAACAUCGACAAGAUGACGCCCUACCCUUCUCUCAUCUCGUCUCAGAGCCAGCUGGACCGGGACUGCUGCACCUGAGAGCCGAGACGGAACACACACACACACACACACACACACACACACACACACAUACAAAACAGGAGGACAAGGAAGGGAGGAAUGCUGUCCGGGAUGACUGUAAAGGGAGGAAGCUGAUUAUCUGAUUGUCUUUAUCACUGUAGAUAGAGUAGAGCGCUCUGCAGCGGGAGGAGGUUUAAUCCCUCAGAGCCGCCGCCGCCGCCGCCGCUGAUAUGAACCCGAUUCGAGAGACUGACAGACGCAGAGCAGCUCUCAGGAUGUCGUCUCUCACACAGACCUGAUUAAGAGCCUGUGGAGGAGUCCGGGAACAUCUGCACACUUCUGGCAGGACAUUUAUUAACUCUGCUAUCGAAGGUCGACGUACAGCGGGACGGGACUCUGUCCAUCGAACACUGGAUGGCGUGUGAUGAAUCUGUCGGUUAAAACGUCACGGUAGGUUGUAUGUAAUGAGGCUUCGACGCCGUUACCGAUAUCGAUGCCUGACCUGCUAAGAUAUCAGACUUACAGCUGAACAAAGACUGAAAAGCUUGUUCUGUAACCUUACACCAUCCACCCAAUGUCAGAUACACUAUACAGCCAAAAGUAUGUGCACCCCUGACCAUCACGCUGACGUGUGCUUCUUCGACAAAUUGUAGCAUAAAGUUUGAUCAACACGAUCAUAUCAAACGCCUCUGUGUGCUGUGGUGUGGAGGUGAAGGUUGGAGUGAAGAACUCGAGUGUCCUGCACAGAGCCCUGACUCUGGAGCCCUGACUCUGACUCGACCCCACUGAACACCUUCGUGAUGACCUGGAGUCUUCCCGAACGAAUGAACACAAAUCGCAGCUUCGCUCCAACAUCUAGUACAAGAGAAGCUUCCCAGAUGAGAAGAUUGGAGCUGAUUGAUUAUAACAGCAAACACAGAGGGAAUAAAUCUGCAACGAGAUGUUCAGGGUGCACAAACUUUUGGACUUAACUUGAAACUUUAGAGCGUGAACACGGUUCUCACGGCUGUUUAAAUAACAACAGAAAUAAAUGAAAGAUUCUUUUCUUUUCACUUGUACAAACAUCCAGGUUAUGGACUAUAGAAGCUUACACAACUGUCACCACUGACUUUUGUA